UUGGCUUGUUGUUCUGUUUGUGUGUGAGCGCGAGAGCUGAGCGAUGGCGGCGGCGGUUGGACUGUCUCGCAAGAAAGACGGAGGCCCGAACAUCAGGUUCCUGGAGUCGUCGGAAACCGUGGCGCAGUUUGACGGCCUGAGGUUGUGGCUGGGCAAAAACUACAAGAAAUUUGUACAGGCAGAUUCACCUUCAAACAAAACACUGGCUGGACUUGUGGUGCAGUUGCUUCAGUUUCAGGAAGAUGCUUUUGGCAAGCACGUUAACAAUCCUGCAUUAACUAAACUUCCAGCAAAAUGUUUCCUUGAUUUCAAAGCUGGGGGACCCUUGGGUCAUAUCCUUGGUGCUGCUUACAAAUUCAAGAGUGAACAGGGAUGGAGAAGGUUCGACUUGCAAAAUCCUUCCAGAAUGGAUCGUAAUGUAGAAAUGUUUAUGACUAUAGAAAAGACACUGGUGCAGAAUAACUGUUUAACAAGACCUACAAUCUACCUCCCAUCUGAACUUGACCCAAAGCUGGCAAAUAAAUGUAAAGAUAUUGUUAAAAGGCAUCAGGGAACAAUUACAGAAGACAAAUCAAAAGGCUCCCAUAUAAUUUAUCCUAUUCCGAACUCUCUAGAUGAAGAGGAGUGGUUGAGACCUGUUAUGAAGCGAGAAAAGCAAGUUCUGGUACAUUGGGGAACGUUCCCAGAUAGCUAUGAUACCUGGAUGCCCGCCAAUGAGAUUGAAGCUGAAAUUGAAGAACCACCAAUCCCUGACAGGCCAUGGAAGGUGCAUGCUAAGUGGAUCCUGGACACUGAUGUGUUCAAUGAGUGGAUGAAUGAAGAGGAUUAUGAAGUUGAUGACAACAGAAAGCCUGUUAGCUACCGACAGCGCAUUCCUAUCAGGGCGGUAGCUGAAGAGGCCUCCCGUACACCAGAUAGGAAGGACAGAAAGUCGACAGCUGGUGCCAAGAAGAGAAAACAUUCCCGUUCGCCUUCACCAAUAUCCACACCCGCUGAGUCAAGGAAGAAAAGUGGAAAGAAAGGUCAGCCAAUGCCAUACUUAAAGAGGAGAGGGCAGAGAGAUGAAGAGGAGCAGGAAGACCUGACCAAAGACAUGGAGGAUCCCACUCCUGUACCAAAUGUAGAAGAAGUUAUUUUACCCAAAAAUGUGAACCCCAAGAAGGACAGUGAGCACACACCUGUGAAGGGAGGCACAAUUGCAGAUCUAGAUGAGCAAGAGGAUGAACCGUUGUCUGCAGGAGGGAAGGAAGAAGAGGAUGGUUCCAAUGCUAAAGGUGAUCACAUACGUCCUGCGGACCAAGCAGAAGAUAACGUUACUGAACAGACACAUCAUAUCAUUAUCCCUAGCUACUCUGCAUGGUUUGACUAUAACAGUAUACAUGAGAUUGAGCGUCGUGCCUUGCCGGAAUUCUUCAAUGGGAAAAAUAAGUCGAAAAGUCCAGAAAUUUAUCUGGCAUACCGAAACUUUAUGAUCGACACGUAUCGGUUAAAUCCUCAGGAGUAUCUUACCAGUACAUCGUGUCGCAGAAAUUUAACUGGUGAUGUUUGUGCUGUAAUGAGAGUUCAUGCAUUCCUGGAACAAUGGGGCCUUGUGAAUUACCAAGUGGAUGCCGACAGUCGACCUCUACCCAUGGGUCCUCCCCCCACCCCUCACUUCAAUGUUCUUGCUGAUACACCUUCUGGCUUGGUCCCAGUUCAUCUCAGGACCCCUCAAAUUCCUGCCUCUCAGCAGAUGUUGAACUUUCCAGAAAAGCCAAAGGACAAACCGGCUGACCUACAGAACUUUGGCCUGCGUACUGACAUGUAUACCAAGAAGGGCACCUUAGCAAAACAAAGUAAGGCCAGUGUAUCAAGGGAUUGGACAGACCAGGAAACACUGCUGCUGUUGGAGGCUCUGGAAAUGUACAAAGAUGACUGGAAUAAAGUAUCUGAGCAUGUUGGCAGUCGUACACAGGAUGAGUGUAUAUUGAACUUUCUGCGACUGCCCAUUGAAGACCCUUACUUGGAAGACACAGACUCCUCCCUUGGCCCUCUCGCCUUCCAACCUGUUCCUUUCAGCCAGUCAGGGAAUCCUGUAAUGAGCACUGUGGCAUUCCUGGCCUCAGUUGUGGACCCUCGAGUGGCUUCAGCAGCUGCCAAGGCUGCUUUAGAGGAAUUUUCCCAUGUAAGGGAAGAGGUGCCCGUUGAACUGGUGGAGGCUCAUGUGAAGAAAGUGCAAGAGAUGGCCCGUUCUUCUGGGAAAGUGGAUCCUUCCUAUGGCCUGGAAAACAGUGGUAUUGCAGGCACCGCCCUUGAGGAACCAGAGAAGACUGGGGAUGUUGAAGAAGAAAAGAUGGAAACUCAGGAAUCUGAAGGGCAAGAACCUGAAAAGGUUGAAAAAGAGGAGACUCCAGCAACUUCUGAAAGUGCAGAGAAGAUGCAAAUCCCAUCUCCCAAGGAGCUGGCAUCAGAGAAACCCAUAGAAAGUGAAGCUGCCAGUACUGACAUUAAGCCAAUUGUAGCAGAUGAAAAAGACAAAGAGGAGAACAAGGAAAACAUUGAUGUCACUGCCAAAGACAAAGAAUUAGAUGUUGGGAAGAAGAAACUAGAGCAACACAUUGGUGAAGGGAACAUAGUCACUGCUGCUGCAGCAGCACUGGCUUCAGCUGCUACAAAGGCAAAGCACCUUGCAGCGGUGGAGGAGAGGAAGAUCAAGUCACUUGUUGCUCUUCUGGUGGAAACUCAAAUGAAGAAGCUGGAAAUAAAACUGCGUCACUUUGAAGAAUUGGAAACUAUUAUGGACAGAGAGAGAGAAGCACUGGAACAGCAGCGACAGCAACUGCUCACAGAACGACAGGCCUUCCACAUGGAACAGUUGAAAUAUGCUGAAAUGAGAGCCAGACAGCAGCUGGAGCAGCAGCAUCACCAGCAACAGCAGCAGCAUUCACAAAAUGUCACUACCACCACUACCACCGCCGCCAGUGUUCAGCAGCUGAGCUCUAUUGGCAUGAUGCAACAAGGUCCAACACCACCACCACCUUAUCCAAUGAUGCACCACCAGAUGCAGCAACAGCUAGGUCAGAUGUCAGGAGCUGGGACAAUGAUGCCUGGGCAGCCCAUGGCAGGCCGUAUGAUACCGAACCUUCCGCCAAAUAUUCCAUCAGGAGCACCUCCCCAUCCAAACCCAACCGUUGUAUCAACAGCAGCACAUGGUAACAUGUUGGGCCCACGACCAGCAGCUGCCACCAAUGGCAUGUAUCCAGGCCCCGCUGUGCAGCCAGAUGGUGUAGUGGUGCCCACAACAACAGCACAAGCAUCUGCAGUACCAUAACCAGUGUGAAUGGAUUAUAACCACAUGAUACUGUUAGUAGGAGACCUAAGCAGUGAAACCCAAGAAACCAUCUCCUACUAGUUUCUGUCCAGCUACCUCCCUUUUUGAAGACACUGAAUUCAAAUGCUUGCCUUCCCAUUUUAUUUUUGCUCCAUCCUUUUUAUUGCAGUAAAGUUUUCUUUUUGAAGAAAAAAUUCUUUGCCUAAAAAAAAUAAAAUACAUUGUAGUUACUUUUUCCAGAAACAAAAUCAGGCUACUUGUCUACCUCCCUUUCUGUGUGGAUUUCAUACAACUGGUUGCUUCUACCCUACCUCCUCUAUGGUUUUUCUGUUAAAGUAGACUUGUUUGUCACUGUAGUUCAUUCAUGAUUAGAAGUGAUGUACUUUUUAGUAGGCAGUCUUGUAAACCUGCUUUAGGAGCAGAACUUUCAGCUGGUAAGCGUAUUUACAUAUAGAUUAUUGAGCCAAGGCAGCGUUGUUGGAGGAGUGAAAUCUUUCUGUCAUUGUAAUGUUAGUCAGGUUUAAUCAACUAAUUUAGUUUCUUGUAGGGAGCUUCUCUUCAUUCUUCCCUGUCUUGAAAACUUGAAAGCAUUAACUGGUACUGGGGUACUCUACACGAUGGAUCAUACUAAAUAUAAUUCUUCAGGUCAAAGGUGAACCUACUUCUUCAGUCUAACUUGCAAAACUAGUUCACAAAUAACUGGCCAAACCAAAAUGCAUUCCUUUGCUUUGCUGAAUUCUGGAUUGUAGCAGAGCUGUGGUUCACAGAGAAAGCACACAAUACAUUGAUUUUAGAUUGCACAGAGCUGUUAUGUUUGGAGUACUUGCUUUAGCUUUGGGUUGCAGUUGUCCUUUAGUAGUAAGGUGUUUGAAGGUUACUCCUAUAAAAUUGCCAUGCAGGAGCUGUUUGUGGUUUAGUCAUUUUAAAAAGCAAAAACCUCCUCCAUGCAAAUCCCAGAGAAUUCUGGUUCACUGAUAUUGAGUGCCAAAUUUGGGAGACCCCACAGCUGAGAAAAGUGGGAUGGAAUCAGUCUAGACAGUGUGCCGCUUGUAUUUCUGUGACUGAAUUUGUUACUUUACUGUUGCAGCAUGAUGCAUCAUUGGAAGUGUCCAAGCUAUGCAUGAGGCCCAGGCAACGCCGUCCUAUUUGAGCUGCGGUUUCUAAAUUGAUUGUUGUUUGGAAGUGGUGAUUUGGCAACAGCUUUCUUCACAUUAUUGCCUCAUUGAGGCUAACAACUUGUAUCCGUCUGAUAAAUCUGAACUAAUUGCCCAGUACAUGUGAGCUGAGGCAGGUAUUGAGGAGAGAUUGGUGAUAAGGUGCACGUUCAAUUGAUACAGGGAAGCCAGAAAUAUAAGUAUUCUGCUUUUAAUCAAGUAUAACAUUGAAUAGUGUGUAAUUGGCCAAUGUAUAGUAUGAAUUUCAGUAGAAAGUGAUGGAUGUCCAACUUAGCAACUGUGAAUAGAAAAAUGAGUUAAUGAUUCAGAUCUGUAACCUUUCAUCAGAACUAAGAAAUGCUUCCAGCAAUAUUCUGUUUAUGUUCAGAUUUCCAGCAUCUGUGAUAUUUUGUUUUCCUUCUAAGGAUUCUCAGUUAGUGAGUGAAAUUAUGCUUUGCAGAGGUCUAAUGAAACCACUGAAAUAUCUCUAUGUAACUCAGGAUAUUUCUAGCAUGCUGUUAGUUCAUAUACAAAUGUUCAAGCACUUAUCCUUGAGGCACUACAUUGAAAAAUCAAACAUGAACCUCGGAGUAUCUUCCUCCCGUUUUUCCUCUUCAUUCCUGAGUGGGUUUGGGCUUUAAUUUCAGUUAUUUUGCUUCAGCAGAUAUCAGAAGUACCAGCAGAGGGGUCACUUUUACUGGCAUUUAGUACUUUCCCUUAGCUUAUGGGAAGUGUAGUACUAUUCUUUAGUUGAUUAUGUUCAUAUCGUAGAAUCCCUACAGUGUGGAAACAGGCCCUUCGGUCCAAACAGUCCACACCACCACUCAGAGCAUCCCACCUAGACCCAUCCGUCAUAACCCACCUAAUCUACACAUCCCUGAACACUAUGGGCAAUUUAACCUGGCCAAUCCACCUAGCCUGCACAUCUUUUGGACUGUGGGAGGAAACGGGAGUACUCUCAGAGACACGGGGAGAUAGCUCCACACAGUCAGUCGCCCGAGGAUUGGAUCGAAUCCGAGUCCCUGGCGUUGUGAGGCAGCAGUGCUAACCACUGAGCCAUCGUGCUGCCCUGACGUUCUUGGGACAUAGAGGAGAUAGCUAGAGUGGAUCAUUUGCUUUUGUGUGGAGGGAGUUGAUGUAGAAGGAGACUGUAGUUUCAAUCACAGUAUUGACUUGGACUUCAAUCACUCUUUUCCAAAUCGACAAUAUGAUGUCUUUUGAGAGAGGGGCAUUUUUAACAUUGCUGUUAGAGUUGCAGUGUUUGUUUAAAUUGAAAGAGCAGUUAUGUUUCUGAUGUAGUCUUUCUAAUUCAUCUAAUGAUGACUGAAGAGUAUAGAUAUGUCAGUAUGUGGCAUUUGCAUAUCUUCAAUCUUUUUUAUGUUCUAUUCCUUCUCCUUAUUCUUACUUUAAAAAGCAUCAAUUAUAUUAACAAUAUAUAUUACAAAGGUUGGCUAUCUUUCGAUUCAGGUGUAUGUAGUUUGUGUGUAUAUAAAGGUGCAACUUAAAAGCUGCUAAAAUUUGUUUUUUGCAAUGGUACUGGAUAAUGGUGGCUUUGAAAACAAUUUUAUUCUUUUGAUUCUCUUUCUCAGCCCUGCUCAAGGCUGCUUUCUGUGACAGGGUGAGACCCUGUCCAGGCUGUGGCAGUUGGACAAGUAGAGCUGGAGUCCAACAUUUUUUGUUUGACACAUGUCUUGAUGUGUGUCUGAAUCUGUUUCCUACCAAUCCAUAAUACCACUUUAAUUAUGCUUUCAAACAUUGCUACUGAUUUUCUUUCUCCUUUAAAGCAUCCUUUUAAUUCCCUCACCAAAUGACUUUGUGGAUUGGUCGGGUUCUGCUUGGGGACCACUGUAAAACCUGUUAAAAAAAAAAUUAAACCAAAUUUAAACCAAAAAACUCUUUGGGACUUAAAAUUAGAAUUUUUAUGUAUAUCUGAGCCAUUUCCUUUCAAAGUUGAAAUGCAUUGAUAAGAGGGAUAGAGACACUUAGAAAAUGAACCAUCAAUGCCUUUUGUACUUGUGAUCAAGUGGUAAACUUUAAUAUUAAAAAGCAAUAGCUGGUUUAAAGUAUAGAUAACACAGUGUGGAGCUGGAGGAACACAG